AUGCGUGGUUGUUCAACUCGUUCUCGAUACGAGCAAAAGAAGUCAUCACAAUCGCAUCGAUUUGCUGAACUUGAAGAAUGCACGGAAGCUUAUUCGGGCUAUUGCCGAAACGGCGGCAUUUGUAAAAUGACAGCAGACAUAUCACAACGGGCUGUUCCGCACUUUUUCCUUUUCAUCAGCUGUCCGACAGGAUUCCGUGGUCGACAAUGUGAAUUAAUCAACGAUCCAAAUAUUUACUUUUCACAGCAACAAGGUCAAAUAGAAAUAGCCGCCAUGUCGAGCCUUGUGGUUACUAUUGUACUUGCAAUUUCGUUUGCAUCAUUCCUGCUGUAUGUUUAUAGAAGAUAUCUAAAAUAUGGACUACACAGAAGCACCAGUUCCUUGUCAAACCUUACUUCACUGGAACUUUCUUCUUCAAAACCAUGGCAAAGGCGAAACUCGAAACUGUCUUUAAACGAUUUUAAGGAAGCUGAGGCAGAGAAGUCAGUACAUGUACAUCUGGCUACAAGACUGGAUGAUAAUGAUCCAUCAACAGUCUUUGAAAUGCUAUCUCAGGCUGACUGUCCCAAAAUGCAAGUUACAAGUCCCCGAAACUUUCUUAUUAUGACAACACAGAAUAGAAAUAUUCCAAGAAAAGUGAAAACUGCCAUGAUGUUCACAUCCCAAAUGUGCUGA